GCCCCUUGCCCACCCGGUGUGCCCCGUGCCAGAGUUUCCCCUUUCGCUUCUACUCUACUUACAGAUAAGAGAAGAAGGCCUCGCAGCCCACGGGGGCCAUCUCCAUCCUCUCCCCGCACUAAAAAACCCCGAGAGCCAUGGCAGCGUUCCACCCGCUGGUCGCCUCGCGCGUCCGCCUCGCCGCCCCGCUCCUCCCCGUCGCCGCGCCCGCCGCCGUCGUCGUCGCCGCGGCCGGGCCUUCCUUCCACCAGCGCCGCUUCUCCGCCAUCGUCGCCGCGGCGACCGCCCCCGCGGCCACCGAGUUCGACUUCAAGGCCUACAUGGGGGAGCGGGCGGUGGCCGUGAACGGCGCCCUGGACGCCGCCGUCCCUGCCGGCGAGCCCCCCGCGACGCUCCACGAAGCGAUGCGCUACGCGCUGCUGGCCGGCGGCAAGCGCGUGCGCCCGGCCCUCUGCCUGGCCGCCUGCGUCGUGUCCGGCGGCCGCGAGGCCUGGGCGAUGGCCCCCGCCGCCGCGGUCGAGAUGGUGCACACCAUGUCGCUCGUCCACGACGACCUCCCCUGCAUGGACGACGACGACCUCCGCCGCGGCAAGCCCACCUGCCACGUCAUGUUCGGCGAGCCCAUCGCCGUGCUCGCCGGCGACGCCCUGCUCGCGCUCGCCUUCCAGCACAUGGCCAGCGUCGACUCCUACCCUCCGGACGUUGACCCCGCCAAGCACACCGCCCGCGUCGUCCGCGCCAUUGGUGAGCUCGCGCGCUGCAUCGGAUCAGAGGGCCUCGUCGCCGGCCAGGUUGUUGAUCUGGAGAUGACUGGCUCAACUGAGCCUGUACCACUUGACCGCCUUGAGUACAUUCAUCUGCACAAGACCGCUGCAUUGCUUGAGGCCUCUGUGGUUAUUGGUGCAAUCAUUGGGGGUGGCUCGGAGGAGCAGAUCGAGCGGUUGCGCAAGUACGCCAGAUCAAUUGGGUUGCUGUUCCAGGUGGUUGAUGACAUUCUUGAUGUCACCAAGUCAUCAGAGGAGCUAGGGAAGACAGCUGGGAAGGACUUGGCGAGUGACAAGACGACAUACCCCAAGUUACUAGGGUUGGAGAAAUCGCGGGAAUUUGCGGAAAAGUUGCUUUCUGAUGCAAAGGAGCAACUUGCUUAUUUUGAAAAAGAGAAGGCAGCACCGCUAUUGUACUUGGCCAAUUAUAUUGCCUAUCGGCAGAACUAAGGUGAUGGUUAUUCUGUUGUUCGUUGUUGAUCUGUAACUUUGUAAGAACAUCAAGUCUGGGAUUUGAGGAAUAUCUGAAUUCUUCCUCUCAUAUAUACUAGUUUAGUUUUCUACCGAUGUGUCAUGAGAAUAUUUAGGUGACAAAUGCCACAUGAGUUAGGUGGCAAAUACCAAUGUCCCAUUGAGAUAGCCAAGACAUUAUAAUGGGAAUCAGGCUUUAUGUCCUAUACUGUCUGGAUGAUAAUAAAUCGAUUGAUUUCGAAA